ACGUGUGGUGCGCAAAUCCAUUGCCAGAGUCUUAACUGUUAUCAAUCAGACGCAGAAGGAGAACUUGAGGAAGUUUUACAAGGGCAAAAAGUAUAAGCCUCUUGAUCUGCGGCCGAAGAAGACUCGUGCCAUGCGACGCAGAUUAAAUAAGCAUGAAGAAAAUCUGAAGACCAAAAAACAGCAGCGAAAAGAACGUUUGUACCCUCUCCGGAAGUAUGCCAUCAAGGCAUAAAACUGCAGAGUGCCGAAAGUUCUUGGUUAUGUUGGCUGAGUAUGUCUCAUUAAAUAGAAUUUUGUUUG